AUGUUAUCAGUUUACCCCCCAGGUGUUUCCACCACCACCCCCCCCCCCCCCCAGCAGCAGCAGCAGCAGCAGCAGCAGCAGCUGGUGAAGAGCUGCAGCCAGCCGCAGGCGUCCAACCUGGGCCAGGAGUUAAAGAUCACAGACAGUGUGGAGGAAGAAGGUCUUCUGGAGAGCAGCACUCGCCUCAAGCCUCACGAGGCUCAGAACUACAGGAAGAAGGCCCUGUGGGUGUCCUGGAUCUCCAUCGUGGUCACUCUCAUCCUGGCUGUGACGGCCUUCACUGUAUCCUUCAUGAGACACAGUGCGUCCGCUUUUGGAUUUGCCUUUGAUGCAACGCUGGAUGUGAUGUCAUCAAUCAUCGUUCUCUGGCGCUACAGCAACGCAGCAGCCGUGCACUCAGCACACAGAGAGUACAUUGCGUGCGUUGUCCUCGGGAUUGUGUUUAUUCUCUCCUCCUUGUGCAUCCUUGGAAAGGCCAUCCAUAAUCUGGCGACCAGGAUGCUCCCAGAAGUGGAUGAUUUCCUCUUCAGUGUGUCCAUAGUAAGUGGACUCACGUGUGCUCUGCUGGCUGUGGCCAAGUUCAUGCUCGGAAGAGUUCUAACCAGCAGAGCACUUCUCACUGACGGGUUUAACUCUCUGAUUGGAGCCGUGAUGGGGUUUUCCAUUCUGGUCAGUGCUGAGGUCUAUAAGAACCAUCCUGACGUCUGGUUUCUGGACGGCACCAUUGGAGUUAUUAUUGCUCUAAUCAUUUUGGCAUAUGGAGUCAAACUCCUUAAGGACAUGGUCCCCCGUGUGAGGCAGACAAGGAACUAUGAACGCUUUGAGUGAAAGAGGAUGAUGUGUGUUGACAGGAGGAGCAGCUUCACACACAGGCCUAAAAAAAAAAGAACGUAUUCAACACACACUGGUUUCUGUGUCCCUCCCUUUUAUUCUUGUCACUAACAUGAACACAGAUCUGACACUGCACAACGUCAUGAACACAAAUCCAUGCACAUCUACAAACAGCACACGAGUCAGAUAAAGGAGUAGGAAAUGACUGAAGCAGUAAUGAAUUUUUUGCGCCUCUGUUUAAUUCUUCUAUUUUCAAUGAUAAAUUAGUGAAACAAAUUCAUUUAAUUUCCUCUUUUUUUAACAGGUAAAUACAGAUUAUGUUGCUAAAAUGGUAAAAAAAAACAAAAAACAAACCUAGCUUAACAAACCAGAAUUUGUAUUUAUUUAUCUAUUUAUUUAUUUAUAGUGUCAUUAUAAUCCGUAAGUAUUGUGAGGGGUGUGUUCUCAGUACCAUUCUAACGUUCGUGCAGCCAUGAUACAGUCUGGACAGACUAUAGAAAAGGGGCGAGUGUAGGCAAGAGUGGGAGAGAGAGAGAGAGAAUGGGUGCUGAGUUAGCAAACGCUGUUCCCUCUGUAAGGCUAUAAACACCUGUUACUAUGACGAAAGUGGCUUCAGUUUGCGUUAAAGCGCAGCACAAGUCAAGCGAACAGGAGCCACUGAGGACAAACAUUUGAACCACAUCAAACAUAACCUUAGAACUCCAGGCUCUCGCUUGUUUGAGCCUGUGUGUUUGUUGUGUUUCAAAUGGUAUCCUGUGCAGUCGACCAUCAUACAGAUUCUCAAGCACAAGCGGGCAACAUUUUCAACCCUACAUCAGUGUUGUUUGGUAGAAAUUUAGCACAAUUGUCAAACAAGUUUUACAUUAAACAUUAUUUCUUUGUCGACAACGGCACAUAGGGCAACUUUAUGUUUACUCAGGCAGGCCUCAAUAAGUUAUUUACUGUGAUCCAUUUUUCUAACAUACUCAUAAAACAUGAUUAAUCCAGGAUUCACAGGUUGUGAUUUUUU